CAGCUGGAGAGGGUAAGAACACGCUUGGGCAGCAAGAAAGCAGAGAGGAAGAGGAAGGAAGGGGGGAGAUGGAAGUGCAAGAAGGCGCUCAGCAACCGCACCUCGUCCUCGCCCACAAGCUUUUCCUUCUCUCGCACCCCGACGUCGACGACAUCGAGAAGGUCCGCCUCCGCGAUGAGGUCGUCGAUGCCGUCAAGAUCCACGACAUGGCCUCGCUUUUCGAGUCGCUCUCUUCUUCGUCGGUGCUCGGGAUCGACGCCGCCGUUCUUGAUUCCAUGCGGACGAGGAUCGAGGACGAGAUCAAGAAGCUCGAUGACAAGAUUGCUGAUGCUGAAGAAAACCUAGGAGAAAGUGAAGUACGUGAAGCUCAUUUGGCCAAGUCUUUGUUCUUCAUUCGGAUUGGUGACAAGGAAAAAGCAUUGGAGCAACUCAACAUAACCGAAGGGAAAACUGUUGCUGUUGGUCAAAAGAUGGACCUUGUUUUCCAUACACUACAACUUGGUUUCUUCUACAUGGACUUUAAUCUCAUUUCCAAGUCCAUUGACAAGGCUAAGAAAUUAUUCGAGGAAGGUGGUGAUUGGGAGAGAAAGAACCGGUUAAAAGUAUAUGAAGGUUUAUAUUGCAUGUCCACCAGGAACUUUAAGAAAGCGGCUAAUCUAUUUUUGGACUCAAUAUCAACCUUCACUACUUACGAGCUAUUCUCUUAUGAUACCUUCGUUUUCUACACUGUUCUCACAAGCAUUAUAUCGUUGGACAGAGUUUCACUUAAACAAAAGGUCGUGGAUGCACCCGAAAUCCUUACAGUGAUUGGGAAGAUACCACAUCUAUCUGAAUUUCUGAACUCUCUCUAUGACUGCCAGUACAAGUCAUUUUUUUCUGCAUUCUCUGGAAUAACGGAGCAGAUUAAACUUGAUCGAUAUCUACAGCCUCAUUUCCGGUAUUACAUGAGGGAAGUUCGCACAGUAGUUUAUUCUCAGUUCCUUGAAUCCUACAAGAGUGUGACCAUGGAAGCAAUGGCUACAGCUUUUGGAGUAUCUGUUGAUUUCAUCGAUCUGGAAUUAUCUCGCUUCAUAGCAGCUGGGAAGCUUCAUUGCAAGAUCGACAAGGUUGCUGGUGUCUUGGAGACCAACCGACCUGAUGCGAAAAAUGCACUUUACCAGGCAACUAUCAAGCAAGGGGACUUCCUAUUGAACCGAAUCCAGAAGCUUUCUCGUGUGAUAGACUUGUAACCAAUAACCCUUGUUCUGUCUACCAACUUGAAACUUCACAACUCUAUUCAUUUCAUUAGCAGCUUUCUGUGGCUGCAGCACUUUAAUUUCUCAGGUUGUAACUCCCUAUGAACCUGUUCUCGAAGAAUCAUUGUUUUCAGUUGCUAGAAACUGUAUUAACUAGUGUCAUUGAACUUUGUUUCGAAAAGAUGAUUUUCUUUUCCC